ACUUUAACGACUUUGCAUUCACUAUGUGGAAUUUUGUGCUUCAGUACUUUCGUAUUGUUCACAUGUAACACAAUUUUACUACUGUUGGGAUUCAUUAUUGGGAUAGAAAUCUACCGAGCACCUGCUUCUGGAGCGCGUUUCCGGCUUCUGGCGCACUUUAGACGUGAAAGUGUCUGACUGUUAUUUACAAAGUAUUCGGUGGUAAUGCCGUUAGUACAUUUACAAACGUUUACAAUACUCUCAGUGUUAAACAUUGUGUUAACUAGUCCAGGGGGAGUCUUAGAGUUAAAUGUGGUAACGCUGCGCGCUGACGAGCGCCGCGCGCGCUCCAGAGCAACAGCACGCGCGGCGCGCAAACGUCUCAGAGAGUAACCGUAACUGUGUAGACGUCUAUAAUACGUUUCUGGCGUUUUGACGCUGAAUUCGACGGGGCAUUUUUAGACCUUUUAAUUUAUUUGAGUUAGAAUUUUAGAGUCACAUGCAUUCGCGAUAAAGUAUGUACAAAUGAACUUCACUCCAGCGAUUCCAUUUGCUCAUGUUGCAUUUCAACUCUUUCCUUUACAGAGAACUCCCAUCUCUCACAAAGUGAUUGAAAAACGAAGACGGGAUCGCAUAAAUCGCUGCCUAAACGAACUAGGAAAAACGGUUCCAAUGGCACUGGCCAAACAGAACUCUGGAAAACUGGAGAAAGCGGAAAUCUUGGAAAUGACAGUUCAGUAUCUCCGAGCGCUCCACUCCGCUGAAUUCCCCCGUGGGAGAGAAAAAGGUGAACUGCUUGCUGAGUUUGCCAACUACUUCCACUACGGAUACCACGAAUGUAUGAAGAACCUGGUGCACUACCUGACCACAGAGGACAGAGCCGAAACCAAAGACAUCAAGUACGCGCGGAUCCUCGCCUUCCUGCAGUCCAAGUCGCGCGUGGUCACCGAGCCCGUGUUCGGCUCCCUCGGAACCGGGCCUGAGCCGUCCGACUACCUCAGCCAGCUGCACUCGUCCCCGGAACACCAAAGCCACAGUCCGUCCGAGUCCGUGUACCAGCAGAGUCCCCCGGGGCACUUUUGGCACAGUUCGACCCGGAGCACGGGCAUCUCGUACCCAACGGUACCGCUCUCCACGCACGCACAGCAGCACGGUGGGUACUUGUCACCGGUGCAGGGACUCGAUCAUCACUAUUUCAACUUUAUUGGUCACACACAUGCAAAUACGUUUAGUUUGCACAGUGCUCAACACGCCAUGUAAAUAUUGUUGCUAUGUUUGUUGUUUUUAUUUAUGGGCUCGUGAAUGGCUGGAAUAGAUUGUACAUUUUGUGAAUAAAUAUUUCUGACUAAAACGCAUCUUCCUUUGUCGUCAGUUACUAAUGAUUAGUUUAAUCAUUGUGAAAUUAAAGUGUUGGAAAACGCACUUAAGCUAAAAUGUCAGUAUUUAUUUUUCUAUUGUUAAGUAGAAAUAUACAAAAACACAAUCCUGGCUUCUAACGCAUGAAACAAAAGUUGCCUCGGAAAUGAAUUUUAAAUGUGAUAAUUCGAGCUUUUAUGAGAAAUGUAUUUCUCGGUGAGUCCAGGCUGUUUAGUGGCGCCAUGCACAGCAGGCCCAGGGGGCAGACAUGAGCCCGGCUCCCACCAGGACCCGGCCCACUUAAACAAACCUGCACUUAACAAAACCAUUCACUCACUCUUCUCUCUGAAUGCUGCAAUUCAAACUUGUUGCUGAUUUAAAAGCACUUCUAGACAUAAUGAAGACAAAUGGUAAAUACUUUUCUGUUUGUGAAGUAUUUAUGACUUCUAUAAUAAAGAAAAACAAACAUAAGGUGACAUAUUUGCAAACAGUUGAUCCAGUUGCAGAAUUAAA